UGGAGGUGAACAUGGACAUGAUCCUCUGCGAUGGGAAAGCGCGUGGUCAACGUCAAGAGGAUGUACUACUCAGGAAGCGAGCGAAGCAGCGGGUCAAGUUUACGCUAGGCAAGAUAAGUAAUGGGCUAAUAAAACAUCAUUCUCUACUGAUUUAUUUGAAUAAUUAACCGAACAACAACUGAGCAAACCACCUUUUUAGGGAGCAAACCACCUUUAUCAUAGAGAAGUAGACACCUCACAACCGAGACAAGUUGCAUUGAACGAUAGCUCAGAUCUGCAAAUAAAAUAUAUUAUCGUUCGUUUAUUAUUCCCUCCGUUCCUAAAUACAAGUUGUUUUAGAGAUUUCAACACGAACAAAAUGUAUAUAGGCAUAUUAUAGAGUAUAGAUUCAUUUAUUUUGCUUCGUAUGUAGUAGUUCAUAUUGACUUAUAUUUAGGAACCAAGUGAGUACUAUGCAGCACCUAUCACUUUCAGUGUGCCAAACUGCCAACAACCAACCAUACGAGAGGAACGACCUCACAACCGUGUGAAGCGAGGUGAGCUAGGGGAUCAUCACUGCCCAGCGAUGUCGGCCGGUGAGAUGCGGAAGACGGCGUGCGUCACCGGAGGGAGUGGCUACAUAGCUUCAGCGCUCGUCGAGACGCUGCUGGAGAAGGGGUACGCCGUCAAGACGACGGUCAGAGACCCCGAGGACACGGAGAAGAAUUCCCACCUCAAGGACUUGCAAGCGCUUGGUCCCUUGGAGAUCAUCCGUGCCCGGUUGGACGAAGAAGGCAGCUAUGACGAGGCAGUUUCCGGGUGCGACUACGCCUUCCUCGUCGCUGCCCCGACGGACUUCGGGUCAGCAGACCCUGAGAGGGAUAUGAUCGAAGCCGCCGUCCAAGGAACCUUGAACGUGAUGAGGUCGUGCGUGAGAGCCGGAACGGUGAAGCGGGUGAUCCUCACGUCGUCGGACUCUGCGGUCUCCAUGAGGCCGCUGCCGGACGACGUUCAUGUGCUCGACGAGAGCUCCUGGUCUGACGUUGAGUACCUCAGGGCCAACAAACCAGAAACAUGGGCAUACGCAGUGUCGAAGGUGCUUGCUGAGAAGGCGGCGAGCAAAUUCGCGGAGGAGAACGGCAUCAGCCUUGUCACCAUGUUGCCGGUGUUCAUCUUGGGCGCGGCGCCGGUCUCCAAGCCCACAUCCAGCGUCCCCGUCACCCUCUCCCUGUUGACCGGCGACGAGGCACAGAUGGAUAUCAUGAUGGGCAUGCAGUCGACCACGGACUGCGUGCCCAUAAGCCACAUCGACGACCUCUGCCAUGCUGAGGUGUUCAUCGCCGAGAAUGAGCCCUCCUCGGGAAGAUACCUAUGCUGCAGUCACAACACCACCGUCUUGCAACUAGCUCGUCUCAUGGCGGAGAAGUACCCACAAUACAAUAUGAAACUUGGACGAUUUGAUGGGUCCCUAGAGAAGCCGAGAGUGUGUGUGUCGUCUGAGAAGCUCAUUGGGGAAGGGUUUGUGUUCAAGUACGAUGAUCUGGGUGAGAUUUUUGACGACCUUGUCGAGUAUGGCAGGAUAACGGGGAUUUUACCAUAUUGAUAUGUACGUCAUAUGUUGAUCAAUAUUUGAUAAGAACAAAAUAAUCUCUUCCUAAUAAUAAAGCACGGAUUGCGUCGUGGCGUUUUUACAUAAA